AUGGAUGGCCCAUCCACUAAAAAAUCUACCUCAUUUGAGACUCUUAUUAUUCAGAACAAAAACAAUCUUGACGAUCUCACAGCAAAAUUAAAAGACAUAAUUGCAGCUGGCAAAAACUAUGAAUAUGAUGUCUCAUCUUGUAUUAAGUCUUUAUUGAUAAGUAAAGAUGAAUCUAUUGUAUUAUUAUCUAUUCAGGCUGUUUCUGAGCUAGCAAAAUGUGAACAGAAACGUGAAACUUACGCACAAAUAGAAAUCAUUGAACCUAUACUAAAUAUUUUAUCCAAAGAACUUUGUAUGGAUAAGUUUGAUCUUGUAAAACAAAGUCUUAGAGCAUUGGGAAAUCUCUGCUGUGAUUGUGAUACUUCAAGAAACAUUGUUCUUGAAAAUAAUGGUGUACUAAUAUUGAAUACUUUGCUUGGGAAUACUAUUGUAAAUAUUGCAUUUGAUGAAUUAAAAAUACUCAUAUGUAAGGCGUUAAUGAAUUUUGCAAUUGGAGGAAAAGAAUUUUCUAAUUAUCUAGAAAAGUUUACUAUAGAGCAUGUCAAAAAGAUAUUAUUAUCAGAAUUGAUUAAAGAAGAUAUGAAUGAUGAUUUGAUUUCAACUGUAUUGUUGAUACUUAGCGUUAUAAAUGAUAAUGAACCUGAAUUCUUAUUUGCUGAUGAAGUUAAUUUAACAGUUUUAAAUGUUCUAAAAGAAACAACUAAUGUGGAUAUAUCUGAGCUGGCACUCGAACACUUGCAUUCACAAGUUCGUGAACAUGAUUCAGUGAAAACUCUCCUGGCUAGAGAAGGAGGUGUGCAACUAGUUUGUUCUCGGCUUGAGCAGUUAAUUCAAAGACAUGAAGUUGGAGACCUCAAUGCUGAUGGUAGUCAAGUAGAGGUUAUUGUGAAACAAGCCUGUUAUCUCAUUAUACUUAUUUUGACUGGAGAUGAAGCGAUGCCAAUUCUCUACAAAGAUGGUGUAGGUGAAGUGUAUUUGACUAUGGUCAAGUGGCUAGACUCUCCAAACCACCAUUUGCUGGGAACAGCUUUACUCGCUAUUGGAAACUUUGCCAGACAGGAUGAAUACUGCAUUCAGAUGAUGACUGAUAAAAUUUUCGAUAAACUUUUAGAUAUAUUCGAAGUGUACCACAUCCUUAGCACAAAGGAAAAAGACACAAUUCCUAUAGACAAAUCUACUUUGAAUCAAAUCCAGCACGCUGCAUUAUCAGCCGUGAGGAACCUGAGCGUUCCAGUGGUCAAUAAGAGACUGGCCUCUGCCCAAGGAAAGGCUGCUCCGCUGCUUUUGAAGGCUCUGCCCAGUGUCGAGGAUCAUCAUGUGGCCUAUAAACUCAUGGCUGCUUUGAGGAUGCUGGUAGACGGACAAGAAAGCGUGGCCCGUCUAACAAUAAGCGACCGCGCGGCCCUAGAGGCGAUAGCUCGAUGGGGCGGGGCGGGACAACACGCGGGCGCAGCGGGCGAAGCGCCGAGGCUUCUGGCGUGGAGCGUCAGGCACGUCAACGCGAGGGCUGGACUCAUACAGGCAAAAGGCUGCCUCCAAAACAUCGUGGACAUGUUAAUAGCUCCGCACUCGGUGAUGCAAAACGAAGCCAUCCUCGCUCUCACACUACUGGCCAUAGAAAUCCUCAACGAGGACCCUCGAGAAGCUUUCGUGGACCAGCUCUUGGCUGCAGAAAUCGGUAAGCAUAUAUCCGUGUUGAUGGAGACGAAUUGCGCGAAGAUACCGGUGGAGGUCGCCGAGAACUUACUGGCGUUCCUCGAUGUCACCUCGAAGAGUCCGAAAAUUUUGACCGACUACAGACUGACUAAGGUGAAUAAUGCGUUGGAGAAACUUGUGGAAGCGAGGAAUGAUUUUAGUGGAGAGUUGAAACUGUGUGCGAACGAAAUUGUUAGGAAAAUUGCUGAAAGAGAAGAUUAA